AUGCACCGCCUAGGCCUGGCCCCAAGAUUUCGACGUUCUCCUGCUGAGGGACAGAAUGCUAGCGGACAGCUCGAAACGGAGACAAAAGGUCAGGAGGAGACGGUGGCACCAGAUGAAGAGAAGAUGGAGACACAACAGCAACACGGAGCAGGGGAGAUAUGCCAACGGGAGGAGCCGCUGAUGCGGGACCUGCUGCUGGCUCUGCUGCAGCGUCUUGUGGGGGCUGCGAGGCCCUUCGUGGCAGACGACGGGAGGCCCUUGUUACUGCUGGCUGCUGAGGCUGUGCUGGGCCACAAGGAGACGACAACUGCAGCAGAAGCAUCUGCAGGGCUCGCACAGCUGAGGUGGUUGUUGCCCCUUUUGGAGUUCUGGGGGAGGGGGGAGGGAGCAGCAGCAGCAGCAGCAGAAACGACGUCUGGGUGCUUGACAGGGGCUGAAGGGAUCUUCGGCCUCUCGCUUGUACUGCAUGCAUGCGGCGCAGCCCCAACGCCUUCAAAAGAACCCCCUGGAGCAGCAGUAGUCUCCUUAGUGCAGCGGCUGCAGACACUCUCUGAAGAGGAGGCAGUGCACCUGUUCAGCUUCUUACAGGGCUUGUGGCAGCAACAAAGGGCCGAUCAACGAGCUGCUGCUGCUGCUGCUGCUGCUGCUGCUGCUGUUGAAGCAUCGCCGGCGAAUGAAAGUUCGGAGUACUCAACCAGCGUCCAGGCAGCCAAGUCCUUCCCUUCUACAGAGGACUUGCUGCAAGCAGCAGAGCGAGUGAUGGUAUGUCUUUGCUUGCAGACGGCGCCUGGGGCCACUGCGCUGCGCGGCGACGGGCAUGCGGCAGCACCAGCUGCAUCAGCAACAGCAGAUGCUGCGGUGGUGUUUAGGCAGGGCCUUGUUGGGACACUGCGAGCAUGUUGGGACCGCAGCAGGACCUUUCGAGGCGCAUGCAUUCGCCUCCUUCGUGGCUCAGAAGGUUGGGAAGAGACAGAGGAUACCUCUUGUCCCGUGUUACACCCAGCGGUGCGUCUCGCCCUUCUGCUGCAGUGGCCGGACGCGCUGCAGCAGCUGCCUCCUUCCUUCUAUCCUUCUGUCACAUCUGCCCUGCAGCACUGUCAGGAGGCGCUGGAGGAAGGCGCGAGCGCCGCUGGUGCGGACAGCAGCAGCAACAGCAGCAGUAGCAGCAGCAAACGCAAGAAGAGAAAGAAUGAUACUUCGAGUCCCAGCCCAAUAGGAGUUGGGUGGGCAGAAGACGUGAUGGAGGCGCUGAAGCUGUCUGUGUAUGCGCGGGAUAGUACCGAGGGCGCCAGCGGCAAGAGGGUGCGGGCCAAGGGGGCCCCUUGGCAGGUGGCUGCGUCGUUUCUUAGGGCGAGGGCAGAGAAAGAAGGCCAUGCUACAUGUUUGUUGGUUGCUGAUGCCCCUGUGCUCUGGGCUGAGGCUGUGCAGCAGUUUCUUACAUCGCUCUGCAUGCAGCAGCCUGGGGGAGAAGUCCUUGCUCGUUUCAGCGUGGUGUUAGCGCGAGACCUCGAGGAGAUGGCGGGCAGUUGUUUGCUGUUGGGGUGGCCUGUGGAUGGUUGGGCGCGGUAUCAGUUCUUAUCCGUGACGCUGCAUGCAGCUGCGCAUGCGAAUGGUUCUGUAGAGGUAUCUUCUAUGGGGCUGCGCGCAUUGGGGGCUGCUCGUGGGGGCCUCGGGGCGGCGCUGAAGGACUUGAGGACGGAGUUAGGGGAGCUGCAGGAGGCACUGUCUGGGUCAGGGGAUUUGUCCGACGACGCGGUGUACACAGGAGCAGGCGAGGAGGGAGCAACAGCAGCUGCUGCGGACUUAGCGUAUUACCUGGGAGCAAUGGGGAGGGCACUGCAGCUGGGCAUGCCACGAGGGGCCCCCGCGGAGACAUGUCUCACGAAGGAGCAGAGACAGUUCUUUAAGGCUCUCAGACCCAAGGCGCAGUCGGUCGCCCAGGGGUUCCUCCAGGCUCUGGGCCCUUCGCCUCCCAUUGCAGCAGUUACCUGCGGCGCCGCUGCGCUGCUGAAGCCGCCUACGGGGGGAUCGGAGCUGGAGUCGUCUCCUCCCGCAAUCCUUACGGCGGAGCUCUUGGCAGUACAGGCCUGGGUGGACCUUCUCCUGCCUGCAGUGCAACUGGCAAUGAGUGCAGCGGCGCUGGGAUCAUCUGCAGGCGCCGCCGCAGGCUACGCGAAGGAGACGGCUCGACAGGCGCUAUCUUCUGCAGCUCUUGCAGCCCUUGGGCGCGCAGCUAAACAGACAAUUAUUGCGGCUGCUACUGCGGGGCAGGACAACUGCGCUGCAGGCGGAGCAGCAGCAGCGGGGCUUGCAGCGGCCCUGUGUCCCCUGCUGCAGUGGACAACUGCGCUGCAGGCGGAGCAGCAGCAGCGGGGCUUGCAGCGGCCCUGUGUCCCCUGCUGCAGUGCCUGUGUGAGCAGCUCCUCCCAGCCGCCAAUCUGCAGGGGCAAGGGACAGAGGAAGGGGCUGCGUCAGUUAACGGACUGA